GAGCUGCCUCUAGUUCAACAGAAUAAAUUUGUAGGGAUGCAGGGCAAGAUUAUCGACAGUUGUAGUUGUCAACUAUAGGGCAAGGCGGGAGGGCUUAGCAGGGAUGGGACCUCCGUCGUAGGAUUCGGAGACUUGUUCCUCCCUUUCAUUCUUCCUGCGCUGCUUAAACGUAUCAUCUUCUGCACGACACCGUGCACCGCGGCCCGGCUUAUAUUGAGCCUAUUCAGUGCUAGUAAUUAAGGCUUUCCAGCUCACUGCCUCCUGAGGGGUCGCCUGCCCGCCCAUCAUACGCCACCUGGGACACCAUUCCAUUGCUCUUAGGCUGUCAGUCAUCAACAUCUGUGCCACAGGUUCAAAUUAAUAUUAUCCUGUGCAAUGCCUUUCUAAUAUCAAUUAUCACUUUGAAGUGGGAGAUUAUCAUGUGCAGUAAUUAGUGUCCAGAAGCACGUAGGUAUGAUAAAUAAAAGAUGGUCAAGGGGGACGUUCGUCGUGUGAGUCUCAGAAAAGUAUACUUGUGUAGUUCUUUGCCGUGUUUAUUUUUCCUCCUUUCCUUUUUGAAAACUGAUAUGUACAGUAAUUACCGAUAUACGCUGCCAAGGGCGACGCUUCCCACCACAUUCAUCUGUUGUUGCUUGACCUCGGACAAAUAAUGUUCAGUAUUACCACCAGUCGCCUUAAUACCGGUGCAGGACAAAGACCUUCCCCAACACCUGCCACUCACCUCUGUCGGCUGUACAUCUAUUCCAGCACACCCGAACAAUACUUGUGACCUCAUCCCUUCAUAUUGUUUCCUGUUUUUCUUGACGUCUUCCAUCAUUCCUAGAUUCCUGUUCCGUUACUCUCUAUUCCACUUCUGUCUGGAACAUGACUGGUAUCAACGAGCAGCACAACACCGGAAAGCCAAGAUUUACCUCAUGGCAGAUUGUGAAUGCGAGAGGUGGAUGCACGCGGCCAGACGACGGGUGACGGAGACCGGGUGGACGGGACGCUGCUGGAGGUAGAUCACGUGGCGGACUUCCACGAGGAGGCGGUGGCAGCGCUGUUCCAAGAGGACGCGCGGAGCACAGCAGUUCUUUCUCUCCUUGCGGGACUUACUGGACCUGGCCUUUGUGAAGCCGCCUAUGCCCACUGCCCUGGCUCCCUUACAGCCCGGCAAGCCAUGGGCGUGUUGUUCAAGGAGCUGCACAUUGCCCCCGCUACACCCAUGGACGCCCUCACCACAGCUUCCCCGCCGCGCCCCGCCACAGCACACCCAAACUUGGGCCUCGCCGGGAUGAGAAGAAAUCACACGCUCACUGCGGUCACAUCUGCACAGCAACACAGUAACACUUAUCAACACAACGAAGGCUAAUUCUCAACAAAGAAAAAUAUAACUUUUAACACAGUAACAUCUGAUUUUUAAAACAGCAACGCAUAACUCCUACUACAACAGCAACAAAGUAUCAACCAAGAAACUACUGAUUCUUAACUCAACAUGAUUCUUAAAACACCAACAUCUGAAUCCCAACACAACAACUAGCUUCACAAAGCAACACAUGACCUUUAACACAACACCUGACUCUUAAUACAGCAACACCACUCUCUUCACAAUAACGGCAGAUUUAUUAAAAGACAGAAACACUUGAUUAUUAAUACAAGAACACCAGAUACUUAACACCGCAACAUCCGAUUUUUAACACAGUAACACCUGAAGAUUAACACAGCAUAAAAGCACAUUACAGAUUAACGCCUCUCAACACAGCAACGCUAAUUCCUUACACGGCAACACAUGAGUUUGAACCCGUAUGUUGAGUUAUAUCACAGUAACAAUAAACUCAGCACAGCAACAUCGUACUCCUAAUAUAGCAACUCCUGACUUUCAUCACAAUAACACUUGACUCUAAAAAGAACAUAUGAUUUCCAGCACAGCAACACCUGACUCACAACACAGCAACACCUGGUAAAGAUUUUGUGACAAGAAACGCAAAAAAACAAAAUAAAUAAAUAAAUAGAUAAAUAAAAAUAAAUAUAUUAAAAAAUAAAAAAAAAUAAAUAAAAGAAUAGUGUCAGCGAACAGAUGUAUGAAAAAAAUUAUAGUAACAUAUGAUGUCAAUUAUCUUAUGUAGUGAGGAUUAACUAUUUUAUCAUUCAAUAUAGUAGACGCAAUAGGAAAGUUAUUGUUCCUUAACUGUUACUGUUGUUAGCAAGUAAAGUUUACAUUAAGUGAAGGUAUGCUGGUGUCUCGUGUUAUUUUGUUUUAGUUUUAAGAGACGCAUGUACAUAACUAAAAGUGUUAAGUUAUGUCUUGGUGCUUUAACCUUUUGUUUCUUUGUGUUUACAUCAUAGUGUUGUUUUA